UAGUCAUCAUAUCAUGAAAGGAAAUCGAACGAAACGGAGUAAUUACAAUAAAUUACUCAUCUGGUUCAAACCAAUUUAAAUUGUUUGUUGUGUUUCUUUGUCUCAGUAAAAUUAUUGUGGUGUCAUAACUCGUUCGUUCUUGGAAGUUUAAAUAUUUGAAAUGGCUGGGCACAAGUAUGUCAAUCCAAACAACUUGUUCGAGGACGAGGAGGACGUAGACGACGACACUUUUGUGAACGCGUACAGGAGUCGUAAUCCGCCACCAUCAACCGUGACACGACCUACCAACACGUCCAGUACAGCGUACGGUGGCCACAUAGCGAACCUAGAACGACAAAGGCAAGUAAUGUUGGAGAGACAAAGAGAGAUCGAACAGCGCACGUUGGAUUCUUCCGCACGCAGCGUGCAGCUACUGCGAGACUCGGAAAACAUCGGCAUCGCCACGGCCGAGGAACUGGCGCGGCAGCGCGACGCGCUCGACAACACCAACCGCCGUCUCGAUGAGAUCAACACCAACCUAAACACGACGCAGAAACAUCUCAACGGAAUCAAAUCAGUAUUCUGGGGUCUCAAAAACUACAUUUCUGGCAAGUCUGAACAGCCUCCAUCCCGAAGCCAAGCCUCUCCUAAUUCCCAAACAGGUGGGGUUGCAGCUAGCAGCAGCAGAUUAAAUGAAACUCUAGAUAAUCUAGGUCCAAUGAGUUCAGGCAUUGGAGACAAUUACAAUUCACAUCCGUCCACUCGGCUACGAGGAAUGAAUGAGCAAACUAUGGCUGACCCCGUGACUGACAGUGACCGUGUUAACAAAAUGUUGGAUGCUAACUUAGAUGAGAUGGUCCACGCUAUUACAAGACUUAAAGGUUUGGGAGCAGCUCUUGGUGAUGAAAUUGAACAACAAAAUGACCUCAUAGACACCAUCCAGGACAAAGUUGAAGGGGCAGAUAUUAAAAUUGGCCGACAAAAUAAGACAAUGAACAAACUACUGGGGAAAUAGUGCAUGGUUUUGAAGCUGGGCAUUAUUCUUGGA